CUCAGCCCGUCUCCUCCCCCUCUCUGCAGUCCAGGCUACCAUGGGCUCCGUGGGCAGCCAGCGCCUCAAGGAGCCCAGCGUGGCGGGCACACCGGAAAGGAGUGUGGUGAUGAGCUUCAGCUUCGACAGCUGCCGGCCGGAGGAGGAGGGGACGGCGGGGACGACUCAGGGCCAGGGCGUCCCGGGUUUCACGGACUCUGCGGUCGAUGAGCCGGUGCCCGACGACGGCUACCAUGCCAUCUACUUCGCGAUGCUGCUGGCCGGCGUGGGCUUCCUGCUCCCCUACAAUAGCUUCAUCACCGACGUGGACUACCUGCACCACAAGUACCCAGGGACCUCGAUCGUGUUCGACAUGAGCCUCACCUACAUCCUGGUGGCUCUGGCGGCCGUGCUCCUGAACAACGUGCUGGUGGAGAGACUGAGCCUGCACACGAGGAUCACUGCGGGCUACCUCUUGGCCUUGGGCCCCCUCCUCUUUAUCAGCAUCUGUGACGUCUGGCUACAGCUCUUCUCUCAUGACCAGGCUUACGCCAUCAACCUGGCCGCUGUGGGCACCGUGGCCUUAGGCUGCACAGUGCAGCAAUCCAGCUUCUACGGGUACACGGGGAUGCUGCCCAAGAGAUACACCCAGGGCGUGAUGACCGGGGAGAGCACGGCGGGCGUGAUGGCGUCCCUCAGCCGCAUCCUCACCAAGCUGCUGCUGCCGGACGAGCGGGCCAGCACGCUCAUCUUCUUCCUGGUGUCCGCGGGCCUGGAGCUGCUCUGCUUCCUGCUGCACCUGCUGGUGCGGCGCAGCCGGUUCGUGCUCUACCACACGGCGCGGCCCCGCGACAGCCGCCCGGGCCGCAGAGCCGGCUACCGCGUGCACCACGACGUCGCCGCGGGGGACAUCCACUUCGAGCACCAAGGCCCAGGCCUGGUCAAUGGCGGGUCCCCCAAGGACAGCCCGGCCCACGAGGUGACCGGCGGGGGCGCCUACACGCGCUUCGACAUGCCUCAGCCCAGAGUGACACGGAGCUGGCCCUCCUUCCAAGCCCUGCUGCUGCACCGCUACGCUGUGGCCCGCGCCAUCUGGGCCGACAUGCUCUCCAUCGCCGUGACCUACUUCAUCACGCUGUGCCUAUUCCCGGGGCUCGAGUCUGAGGUUCGCCACUGUGUCCUGGGCGAGUGGCUGCCCAUCCUCAUCAUGGCCGUGUUUAACCUCUCCGACUUCGUGGGCAAGAUCCUGGCGGCUCUGCCUGUGGACUGGCGCGGCCCCCACCUGCUGGCCUGCUCCUGCCUGCGCGUGGCCUUUAUUCCCCUCUUCAUCCUGUGCGUCUACCCCAGCGGCGCACCCACCCUGCGCCACCCGGCCUGGCCCUGCGUCUUCUCUCUGCUCAUGGGUGUCAGCAGCGGCUACUUUGGCAGCGUGCCCAUGAUCCUGGCGGCGGGCAAAGUGAGCCCCAAGCAGCGCGAGCUGGCAGGGAACACCAUGACCGUGUCCUACAUGACGGGGCUGACGCUGGGCUCGGCGGUGGCCUACUGUACCUACAGCCUCACCCGGGACACUCCCAGCAGCUGUCUCCGCCCGCCCGCCAACUUCUCCUUCCCCUCCGGCCUCUGAACCAGGCCUGGGCACCCCCACCCCCUCCCCGCACCACAGCCCCUGACCCGAGGCCCGA